AUUGCAUUUCACUCACCUUUUAAAAAGUAAAACUGAUCUCAGGUAGAUUAUCUAAACCACUUCUCACCCGUUCCCUCCGUCAUAUCUACCCGUACAAUUUGAUGGCGUGCUGACUGCAAUUGUGGAGUUUUGUGGAGUCAUAUUUGAAGAUUUUACUGCACUCUUCUUACCUUCUAAUUGGUACAGAAACAAAAACAAACUGGAUAUUGACUAGAUGAAGAUUAACUAAAAAAAUGGAAGCUGAAUCUCGAUAAGUCUCUCAUGAAUUGAUCUAGAAUAUUUGUGUCUAUAUGUUGAACAGACAACAGAUCUAACAAUGGGAAGGGACAUUGAAGGUGAACAGAAUGGAAAACAAGACGAAGUGGAAGAAGGAUCGCUCUCCAGUAAACCGAGCAUUUUCAUAGUUGGUUCUCCAAAUGUUGGAAAGAGGGCCAUCCUCGGCAGGCUGCGUUCUGUGGAACCAGAAGAUAUUGCUGUUUCAUCAUCCGAAAUUACAUGUCAUGGUUGGACUAUUGACACAAAAUAUUAUACUGCGGAUGUUUGUGUUUGGGUUGCACAUGUUGGCGACAAAACUAUAGAGAGUACCCGUUCUCUAUCUGAACACUGUGAUGCACUUGUGCUGGUGUUUGACCUGAGCAAUUCAUCAUCCUUUGAGGCUCUUCAAGAUUGGGUUUCUGGAGUUGAGAUCCAAAACUUUGAGGUCUUGUUAUGUGUUGGAAACAAAGCAGAUCUUCUUCCUGGUCACUUUGCUCAUGCAGAGUACCGUCGGCAGGUGAAAAAGUGUGGAGAAUCCUCAAGUGAUCCUCACCCUGAGUUUUGGGAUUAUGGAAUUCAUCGUGAUGAGGGUAGUAGUUUGUUGAACGAAGAGGAAGAAUCUUCAUAUGAGGUGGAGAGGUCUGUUAUUGAAUGGUGUAAUCAAAACAAUAUCGAAUAUAUUGAGGCUUGUGCAAUCAAUGAUGCCUUUGAUAAAUGCAUAUCAAUCAAUGGGGAUUCCCAAGGAGUUAAGCGAAUUCAGGAAGCUCUUUCUGCUCACAUGUGGCCUGGCAUGGUAAUGAAGCCACAGAGCAAAUCCCCUGCUACCCCUGUAUCUCCCAAAAAUGAUGACUUUUCUGAUGAUGAUUCUGAAUUUGAAAUUGAAUAUGAGCUUCUAUCGAAUGGCUCGGCUGAACCUUGGGAUGGAGUAGAGGAGCCUUGGAUGACUGUUGAUAAUUGUACAAAUGAAAUUCUUGUAAGGGAGGAGGGGGAAAAUAAUGAGCCUCAGGAUUUACCUCAUGGCCAAGCUGACAAAAUGCAAGUCCAAGAGCAAAAUGUAGCCACCUCAAUUCCCCCACAAAGAGAUGGUUUGGCAUCUCAUACUUCUGUUGUAUCCGUACAUGACAAUAACAAAUCAGAAGCAAGUAGUUCAUUGACUUCAAUCAUUACUGCACAAGAUCUGUCUGGGGCUCCUGAAACUAAACAGGGUAUAGAAGAUGCUGAAACCAGAGGAAGGAGGGAACGUUCCUUUGAGGAACUUGAACAGUUGAUGCUUGAAAUGGCACACAUGCGUGAAAACUUGAGAUUGAUGCCAGACACACAAAGGAAAGAAAUGGCUGCCAGACUAGCCUUGAAAAUGGCCUCUACUUUUGCUGACAAGGAAGAAUUAGAUGACAUUUCCGAUUGAAAUGAUGUCCUAAGUUUUGGAUGGCAAUGUGUAUAAACAUCAAUCAAUGGAACAAGAAAAGCAAGGAAACCCAAGUUACUUGAAACAGUUGUCUUUCAUGUUUGUUCAUUAGGCUGCAAACUAGAAGCUCUAGAGGUUUUUAUUUUCCUCUGACUUUCUUGUGUUCUAUAGGAAAUAUUAUAUUGCACAACGUUUCCUUUUCAGCAAAAGGAGACAAAUCUAUACAAGAAAACUGAGGAAAAUCAAGUUACUUGAAACGACUGUCUCUCAUGUUUGUUCAUUAUGCUGCAAACUAGAAGAUCUGGAGGCUUUUUAUUUUCCUCAAUGUAUUUCUCUUUUCUAUAGAAAAUCAUGUUAAUGUACCCUGGGAAUGAACAAUAUACUAUGUGACUUUUCCUUUCAGGGCAAGGAGACAAAUCUCAUGUAUAUUUGAAUUCUGAGUAAUUUUAGCAAAUCUUUGGAUAA